UCAGGGCACAGCUGGCCUUGUGAAGGUGUGAUGCCUUCAAAUUUCUUCCACCUUGCUUCACAGAAGGGACAUUGCUAGAUGGCUCUCCUCCCAGCACUCCACCAUUGACCUUUCUUCUAGCUAGUCCUCCUCUCUCAGCAUCAGUGCAAUACCAGCACUCUAGUAGACCAACACUACUGGUGACACUGCAUUUGUAGCGUUGCCGUCCGAGCACGAAGCGGGAGCACGGCCGGCCAGCCUCUGGUUUACGCCGUAGGCUAUAACAUCCAUAUCUACCGGGAUUGAUGGCGACGGUUGGCAUCUCCGCAGCAAGCUGGGUAGUGGGCAAGGCUCUAAGCCCACUGUCCGGAGGCGUGCUGGAGGCAUGGAGUGCAAGCUCCAUGCUCGGAUCAAACAUGGAGGCCUUGAAGAUGCAGCUGCUGUACGCGCAGGCGAUGCUGAACAACGUCCGGGGCAGGGAGAUCCACAACCCUGCCCUGGGCGAGCUGCUAGACAAGUUGCGGCACCUCGCGUAUGGAGCCGAAGAUGUGCUGGACGAGCUCGACUACUUCCGCAUCCAAGAUGAGCUCGACGGCACCUACCAUGCCGCCGAUGCACAUGAUGCAGGCUUCGUCCAAGACCUCGCCCUCAAUGCUCGGCACACGGUGAGAGCAUGUGUGAAUAAGCUCAAGUUACCCGUGUGUUCGCGUGCUGCCACGCAGGUUGAGCAAGACGAUGGUGGAAAACAAGGAUACCUCUCAGGUUUCCGCUUUUGUGGAGUUCAUGAGAUUAGCUGCUCACCACCAUCACCCGCCAACCAGAUUCAUGGCAGAUGCAUGCCAAAGGUUGCCUCCAGCACCCGUGAAGCUGCCCACGCUGUCGGUAAACACUUCCCAUGCUAUUCUUUUCCAUCCGUCCACGAUGAUGAUCCUAACAAGGGCAUGUUGGAAUCCACCAACACGUGUGGAAAUGGGCAGCGAUUUCUUUGUGGCGCUUGGGUGUCCCCCAAGGCACCGCAGAAGAAUCAUGCCUUGCAAAUACCAAAGUUAAAGUUUGAUCGGGUAGAAAUGUCUACAAAAAUAAGGGACAUCGUAGAACAGCUGAAACCCGUAUGUGCCAUGGUCUCCACCAUUCUUAAUCUGGAGCUGCUGGGCUCGAGUCGUACCCCUGGACAAGAGGCUGUAAUAAACAGAGCCAAAACCACCCCAGAAAUCAUAGAGCCUAAAUUAUACGGGAGGGAUAGCCAAAACCAGAUUAUUGUGGAUGAAAUUGAUAAGGGUGAAUGUCGUGAACUUACUGUGCUUCCAAUUGUUGGCCCGGGGGGUAUUGGAAAGACAACCUUCACACAACACAUAUAUGAACAAAUGAAAAGCCAUUUCCAGAUUCCCAUUUGGGUAUGUGUCUCUUUCGACUUUAAUGCGAAUAGGUUGGCAAAAGAUAUUUUGAAAAAGAUCCCCAAAGUUAACAAUGAAAACAACACUUGUAGUGAUGAAGAACGUAUCAUGCAAAGAAUAAAAGGAAAGAGGGUUUUACUCGUCUUAGAUGAUGUGUGGACACAUCAUGAGAAUGAGCGGAAAAAACUAUUAAAUUUGUUUAAGAAAGAAGGGGCAAAAGGUAACAUGGUUAUAGUCACGACUCGAAUACCCGAGGUAGCAAACCUGGUUAAGACAACUGAAUGCUCACUAGAAUUGGACAGAUUAUGUGGUGACGAUAUUAAGUCUUUCUUUGAAGAAUGUGUAUUUGGUGACCAAAAACCAUGGGUUGACUAUCCAGAAUUAUCCGAAGUUGGCAGCAAAAUAGUGGACAAGCUGAAAGGUUCCCCUCUUGCAGCAAAAACUGUUGGUAGAUUACUAAGAAACAAACUUACAUUGAAAAACUGGACAAACGUUCUGGAAAGUAAAGAAUGGGAAUCGGAAAGCAAUGACGAUGAUAUUAUGCCAGCUUUAAAGCUCAGCUAUGACCAUCUUCCUUUCCAUUUACAACAAUGUUUCUCUUUUUGUGGUUUGUUUCCUGAAGAUUAUGAAUUUGGUAGCGAAGAGUUGGUUCACUUUUGGAUUGGACUAGAUAUUUUACAUUCACGUGACCAGAAGAGAAAAAGGCUUGAAGAUGUUGGACUGUGCUAUUUAACAGACUUGGUAAAUCAAGGAUUUUUCAAAAUGAAUAAAAAGGAAGAUGGACGUCCUUAUUAUGUCAUCCAUGACUUACUGCAUGAGUUGGCAGUGAAGGUUUCAUCGUAUGAAUGUCUUAGCAUCUAUAGUUCUAGCGUGAGGCACAUAGAAAUCCCCCCGUGUGUACGUCACUUGUCUAUAACCAUAGAUAACACGGAUGUACAGGAUAGGAUGUCUUUUGAAGACCGUGAUGGAAAUUUAAGUGCACUAGAUAAGCGGCUGAAAGUUGAACACCUACGUACUUUAAUGUUAUUUGGUGAUUACCAUGGAAGCUUUGUCAAAACUUUAGGUGGAUUGUUUAAGGAAGCUACAGCCCUUCGUGCCAUAUUUUUGUCCAAAGCAUCGUAUAAUUUGGAGGACAUAUUGCAGAACUUUUCAAAACUUGUCCAUCUUCGCUACCUAAGGAUCAAGUCUGUAUAUGACUGUCAGUUGUGCUUACCAAAUGCGCUAGUUAGAUUGUAUCAUUUGGAGGUCAUUGAUCUACAAAAUGUGGUGCAUUGUGUUUUUUCAACUAAACACAUGAGAAACCUUGUGAAAUUGCGUCAUUUUCUUGUGCCAGAAGAAAAGCUCCAGUUUCAUUCUGACAUUUAUGGGGUGGGAAAACUAAAAUUCAUUCAGGAAUUGGGAUUAUUUAGAGUGGGAAAGGAGAGUAAUGGUUUUGAACUUAGCCAGCUAGGGCCAUUGGCAGAGAUUGGAGGAUCACUUCGCAUUUAUAAUCUCGAAAAUGUGCAAACCAAAGAGGAAGCAAACGAAUCCAAACUGUUGCAUAAGAACCACUUAAGAAGACUUGUAUUAGGAUGGAAUGUUAGGCGACCUAACAAGGAUCCUGUAAAGGAAGAAAAUGUUCUAGGCAGUCUUGUACCGCAUAGCAAUCUUGAAGAGUUGUACAUUAGUGGGCAUGGGGGCACUAAAUGCCCAAAAUGGCUAUGUGAGAAUCUCUCGGUUAAAUGUUUGGAAACUCUUUGUCUGGAUGGUGUGUCUUGGAGAAACCUUCCACCUUUAGGAGAGAUUUGGAUGGUUAAUGAGCUUGGUAAAGAGUAUCAGGGUUGUAGUAUCCCACCUGCAGGCUUCCAUAAUCUAAAAAAGCUACGGUUAAGUGGCAUAUCUAGUCUAAAAAGAUGGGUUGGAAAUGGCCCUUGUUCUCUCUUUUCUCACUUGGAAGUGCUCAUCAUUAGACAUUGUUCUGAACUCAUCGAGUUGCCGUUUUCACAUACUCCAACUUGCUGUGAAGCACAGCCGCAGGAGAAAAUGGCUUGGUUUCAUAGACUAGAGAAGCUUGUCAUUGCAGACUGCCCAAAAUUAGAGUCCUUGCCUCCCAUCCCUUGGCAGACUCGUGCACCCUGCUCUGCUGAUAUAGAACAAGUGGGACCAGUUGAGCGCCUGUGGUAUGGGUACUCAUACGAAUCGAAGUUAAGAUUGAACAUUGAGGGAAAGGGUGACGUAUUGUGGAGUGGGUUGAAUUUCUCUAAUCUAGCUCCUCUAGAUGAGUUGCGGAUGAAAAAGAUCCGUCCCCUGCCGCUGGAUGACUUCCAGGUGCUUACAUCUCUGAAGAAGAUUGAGAUAGAGGGUGUGAGCAGCAGCGUCUUGCUGCCGGUUGAAGGUGAUCGGUGUCGUGGCGUAUACCAGUUUCCAGUUGAAGAAGUUGUGAUCAAAGGGUGUGAAACUAUUUGGAAAGAAUUGACGCUGCUGCUCUCUUUCUUUCCCAACCUCUCAUGGUUUUGGAUAGAGAACUGUGAGAAUAUAACUGGGUUGGGUGUGGCGGAGGAGGCAGAAACUGUUGCUGGAGAGCAGGAGCAACAGACAAGAGUUGGAGAGGACGAAAUAAUAACAGCAGUGGCAGCAGAAGGACUGCUGCUCUUGCCUCCCCACCUACAGGAGUUGUGGGUAUGGCGUUGCCCAAGGGUGAGCAUACUCCCCAAUCCAAUGCGGGAUGAUGAUCACACAUCAGCAACAGGAGGAGGCCUCCAACGUCUCGGCUCCCUCCGUCGAUUGGUUGUACAUGAAUGCCCUGAAUUCCUGUCCUCCUGUUCGUCCUCGCCCUCCUCUUUUUUCCCCUUCCCGACCUGCCUGCAAGACCUAUUACUACGCGGUGUGAAGCACAUGGAGACGCUGCAAGCCCUCUCAAACCUCACCUCUCUCACCGAAUUAUACUUGGAUAUACUGGGGGACUCAAGAGACGAGGGCUUAUGGCCUCUCCUCGCCCACGGCAGCCUCAAGAGAUUAGAGAUCUGUGCUGACUCUGACCUCUUCCUUGGUUCCCAUCCAGCAAGGCCACAUGACAAAGAGGUUUUUUCCCAGUCCUGCCAGCUCCUCCAUCUGAAUAUUAACGUCUACGCAGGAGUCCUUGCUGUGCCCAUCUGCAACCUCCUCUCUUCCACUUCCACCCUCACCAAUUUGGACCUCAGAUUCGACACGGAGGUGGAACACUUGACAGAGGAGCAAGAGGAGGCCCUUCAGCUCCUCACUUCCCUCCGGGAGCUAUUUUUUUUCGAUGGAGACAAGCUGCAGCGCCUCCCUGCAGGGCUUCACAACCUUACCAAUCUCAAGAAAUUGAGGAUCAAUGGUUGUCCGGCCAUACGGUCACUGCCCAACCUUCCGAGCUCUAUGCAGGAAUUGCAGAUUGAGUUCUCGGGUGCCAUCAAGUCGCUGCCCAACAGCCUCCCGAGCUCUCUAGAAAAAUUGGUGAUCACAGACUGUGAGGCCAUCAAGUCGCUGCCCAAGAAUGGCCUUCCGAGUACAAUGCGAGAGUUAGAUGUCAGCUAUGGCAACAGCAAGGAGCUAAAGAUGGAUUGCCGCAAGCUGAUAGGAACCAUCCCGAUAGUCAGAACCUGACCAAUCCAAGGUACAUUACAAAAAAAAAAAACACUUUUCAAUCUUUUUACUCAAUCCUAGUUCCUUCCUAGCUUAUUUUCCUAAAUCUGUAAGCACCGAAGCCAUUUUCUUUUGUUUUGUUUGGUUCAUCGUAGUUACUGCUGUUUCAUCUUAAAAAAAUGAACGGUUUGUUUUAAUUUACUUUCCAGGGUUCUUCAAUCUGCAUAUUCUUCUAGCCUCCUACAGUUUGUCUCCGUAUAAUUCUGAGAGCAAGGUUGCCAGCUCAAGCAUGAUGGCUUCAGUUUGUUUCUCCCAUCCUGCACGUAAAGCUGUGUGCGCAGGCUGAGUCACGGAGUUGUAAAUCUUCCAUCUUUGUACAAUUCUCCGCAUUGGCACACUGUUCCGACUUCCGACGUCAAAGCCUUGAGUGGCUCCUCCCUCUGAGCGUAAAUGAUACUUAGUUAUGGGCUCCAUCUUGGAGUUGUACAUUCUUUUAACCUUGCAAAAUUUACUACACACACACACACACACAGGUGGCACAUGAGGGUCUUGUGUGGUAUCUUCAUCCUACAUGAAAUCCAUAAAUCUGGUGUUCUUGUGCUCAUUCUGGUUGCUCUCUAGAUACUUCGCAUUUACAAUAGUACUUGGCUUAUUUGGCUGUUAUGGUCAAAACAUGACAAUGACAUAAUGGUGGAAGCAAGGAGAUCCAGUGACUUUCUACUGAAAUUAAGGAAACAAGAAUACCCCUCUUAACAGAUCAGUGUUUGUGUGCAGCUAAUUCAGAUCUCCCGUUGCUAUCAACUGAUGUGGCCCGUGGACAAGUUUGGAAUUCAACAAUGAAGUGGACAAGUUUGGAUUCAACAAUGAAGUAUUAGCAGGUCUUUGGAAAGGUUAGCAACCUCCUGCCGAAAUUCAUGAUCGCCUCAGCUAUGCUAGAUUGUAGCCAAUGUGCAAUUGUCAACCUCUUAUUGCCUCAUGCGACCUCAGUUAGAGAACUUGCUGCUUUCUUUGUAAGUUGGCAGUCUAGCUUUUGAGCACGCUCAUAAUCUCUGAAUUCAUUGCCAUGCUGAAUUAAAUAACUCAAGAGAGUUUUCAGCUGAUACAUAUAGUCAUAAAGGUUGUGAACACUUGUUACUAGGUGAUUGAUGAACAUUGUUUGUUCAAAAAGACUCGAGCUUGCUAAUUUUUAUUCAUAGAACCUCCCGAGCUAAGUAUGGUGAAGGUGAUUUUAUUCUCUUAUUUAUCUGGAGUAUUUUGUUUUUCUAUCCUACCAAUCCAAAAACUGAGCAGAUUUCUUGAGCCUCGAUUAUUGCAAUUUGAAUAUUUAGUGCGUAUUGUUAAGUUUGAUGUUCCUCUAGUCUGAAGUCUUGAAAGCCAGUCAUUCUGUUUGCGUAACAGCUAGCCUCUUCAACACUUGGCAUUGAAUUCCUUCAUCAGGAUAUCACCUACUCCGCUGGUGUACAUAUAUACACAAAUCUCAAAAAUUAAACCAUUUCUUCCAUGUGUUCACACCAUACCUACCUAUAUAGCGCAUCUCUUGCUAUUCCAUAUUUAGUCGAUUAUUCCAUAAGCACACUCAUGAAAGUUCGAGAAGAUUCGAAAGAGCUUUAUUGUCAUCGUCAUCAACCCUCCAAAUUCCAUCAUUCUGAAAUGACACCUCUCUCACACAAAAAUGAAAAAAAGAGAAAAGAAAAAGAGAGAGGGUCACCAUUCAAAAGAUCAAGGGUUCAUCCUCAAGGAGGAAGAAAUAGUCUGCGCCGCUUCCAUAUUCAUGUGCAGAAUGGCUAAUCAAACUACUACCUAUGCAAUAUUAAUAACGGGAACAUUACUAGCAUCCCGGGAUCACCUUACAUUGCAUAGGCAUCUCAAUCAUUUCUUUGGCAUGAGUCCAUUCGUUCCCAUAUCCCCUGGGCACUACCUUUCUCCAAUGACUGGAAUGUGAAGACUUCUUUGUACUAGAGUGGAACACUUAUUUAGCUUUACUAUCUAGAUUUCAGUUUUGCUCAUUCUCUGAAUUACCCUACCAAGCUCCAGAUAAGCUUUCCACAAAUAUAAAGUAGAUAGAAAACGCUCCGGCCACUGGCCAGUGAGGACUAUAAUUGUGUGAUGAGAGUAAUUCCAGAUCAUGACGAGGUAAUCUCACUAGAAACCUGCUCUUGGAAGGUUCACAAAGGAAUAAAAUUGUUGGUUGCUCGUGUUCUCUUUUGUUCUUGAAAUUGAAGUCAAACCUCCUAGUGAUUGUGUUCAAAAACUUUGAUGGCUAUAUUGUUGAUGCUGUUCACUCUCAUAAAAUGGAACCCAUUCCUUACUGGCAAUGAAUACGAGUUGUUAUUUAAGCUUGUGCUCAAUUGCUAGCUUGCUACUUUGAUAAGUUUGUGGGAAGUGUCUCGAUCCGAAGUUUAUGAGGAUUUUAAUAAUUGUUUGCACAUGAGCACUUGUCUGCAAUCUCGCUAUGCUAAGCUUUCAGGUGUUUCACAAGCACAUGGGCAAGUUGAAUCAGGAGCCUAAAUCCUAUGGCCUGCCAUUUGCUGUGGUCUGAGACUCUUUCUCGGAGGGAAGAAUCAGAAAGGGAGAAGCCUGAGACGAACCAUACCCUUUGUUUGUCUUUGCAGCCUGAGAUGAAGAGCCUAUAAGGAAGAGAGGAUACUUUUUUCGCACUCAUUUCCUUGUAGCUUCAGUCUGUAGUAGGUCUCGAUGAGUGGUACGAAAACAGGACAACUUUUUUGUCAUUCGUUUUCUCAGUGUGGACAUGUAUGUUCAGUGAAAUGAAAUGCAGUUCUUUGCAA